UUUUAGUGUUUUUUUUCUCUCCAUGAUGGAUGUCCUCAGAUGAGCUGCUGUUCCAUGCAGGGAAUAAACAGGACAGGAAGACUUUCCGUGCUGCAUCCAUCCCGUCUCCUGAAGCGCUAUAGCUGGAAUAACAUCAGAUGCCUGCCGAGAACAGCGACCAGGAGAGCAUGCUGAGCUACCAGAGACCUGGUGAGGAGGUUGUUGUGGAUCAGGGUGGCACAAGCUCAGUCCUUAACAUCCACUAUGAGAAAGAGGAGCUGGAAAGUCACAGGACCCUGUUCGUCGGGGUGAGGAUGCCUAUGGGCCGUCAGUCACACCGCCAUCACAAAGCUCACGGCUCCAAACACCGCAGGAGAGAUAGGUCGAGAACCGGGAGCCUAGCGCUGGAUACUGAUUCUGCAGAGAGCACCUCACAUGACACUCCGUCUCAGAGAGUGCAGUUUAUUCUGGGCACAGGGGAGGACGAGGAACACGUGGCUCAUGAACUGUUCACCGAGCUGGAUGAGAUCUGUGUUAAAGAGGGUAAAGACGCUGAGUGGAAGGAGACAGCCAGGUGGCUAAAGUUUGAGGAGGAUGUAGAGGAUGGAGGUGAGAGGUGGAGCAAACCCUACGUGGCUACUCUGUCUCUGCACAGCCUUUUCGAGCUGCGCAGCUGCCUCAUCAACGGCACCGUCCUGCUGGACAUGAGAGCCAACAGCAUCGAAGAGAUCGCCGACAUGGUACUGGACCAUCAGGAGGCAGCUCACGAAUUGGACGACAGCGCGAGGGUAAAAGUUCGAGAGGCUCUACUGAAAAGGCAUCACCACCAGAGUGAUAAGAAGAGAGCUAACCUGCUGCCCAUGGUCAAAUCUUUGACCGACUCCGGCAGGAAGCAAAGCGAACCCCACUGUCUGGACAAGACCUCUGGACAGGUUACAUCCCCUCAGCCUCCUGCUUUACCUGCAGAAGUAAAAAAUGGGACGGGGCAGGACAACGGCCAGGUGGACCUCAGUAAGGUGGACACACACUUCAUGAAGAAGAUCCCUACCGGGGCUGAAGCAUCUAACGUGCUGGUGGGGGAGCUGGACUUCUUGCAGAGGCCCAUUGUAGCAUUUGUCAGACUUUCUCCUGCGGUGUUGCUUACUGGACUCACUGAAGUACCCAUACCAACCAGAUUUAUGUUCAUUCUGCUCGGGCCGGAUGGAAAAGCUCAACAGUAUCACGAGAUUGGACGAUCCAUGGCUACCAUUAUGACCGAUGAGAUUUUUCAUGAUGUAGCAUACAAGGCUAAGAACAGAAGCGACCUGCUGGCUGGGAUUGAUGAGUUUUUAGAUCAGGUGACUGUGCUGCCGCCGGGGGAGUGGGACCCUUCCAUCCGCAUUGAACCGCCGAAGAGUGUCCCCUCACAGGAGAAAAGAAAGAUGCCUGGUGUGCCCAAUGGAACGACUGUUCCUGUUGAAGAAGAGACACACGGAGAACAUCACGGGCCAGAAUUACAGAGAACUGGGAGAUUGUUUGGGGGUUUGAUUCUGGAUGUAAAACGGAAAGCUCCCUUUUACCUGAGCGAUUUUAAAGAUGGCCUGAGUCUGCAGUGUGUGGCAUCAUUCCUAUUCCUCUACUGUGCCUGCAUGUCUCCUGUUAUCACCUUCGGUGGGCUGCUCGGGGAGGCAACCGAGGGACGCAUUAGUGCUAUCGAGUCUUUGUUAGGAGCCUCAAUGACAGGCAUGACAUACUCUCUAUUUGCUGGUCAGCCACUCACUAUUCUCGGUAGCACUGGACCGGUUCUGGUGUUUGAGAAAAUACUUUUUAAGUUCUGCAGAGAUUAUGACCUGUCGUACCUGUCUCUGCGCACCUGUAUUGGCCUAUGGACGGCCUUCCUGUGUUUUAUCCUGGUAGCAACAGAUGCUAGCUCUCUGGUCUGCUACAUCACACGCUUCACAGAGGAAGCCUUCGCCUCCCUCAUCUGCCUCAUUUUUAUCUACGAGGCUUUAGAGAAGCUCAUUCAUCUGGGAGAACUUUAUCCUAUCAACUCACACAAUGACCUGGAUAAACUCACAUUGGCCUACUGUAGAUGUACAAUGCCUGACAACCCUAGUAAUAAAACUCUGAAGAUGUGGGAUGAAAGGAACAUUACGGCAGCCAUGGUGCCAUGGAGGAACCUCACUGUGACGCAGUGUUUAGAUAUGCACGGCCAGUUCGUCGGGACAGCUUGUGGUCAUCACGGCCCCUACACCCCCGAUGUUCUCUUCUGGUCAGCCAUCUUGUUUUUUUCCACCUUCUUCCUGUCUGCUUUCUUCAAGCAGUUCAAGACCAGCAGAUAUUUUCCAACAAGGGUGCGGUCUAUGGUCAGUGAUUUUGCCGUCUUCCUGACAAUUGUUCUCAUGGUGCUGAUUGACUUUGCCAUUGGAAUUCCAUCACAGAAACUUCAAGUGCCAAGCAAAUUUAAGCCUACACGGGAUGACCGCGGCUGGCUGAUUAACCCGAUUGGUCGGAACCCGUGGUGGACGGUUCUGGCAGCGCCAAUACCGGCCAUGCUGUGCACUAUUCUCAUCUUCAUGGACCAGCAAAUCACAGCCGUCAUCAUCAACCGCAAAGAACAUAAACUGAAGAAGGGCUGUGGCUACCACUUGGACCUGCUGAUGGUGGGGUUGAUGCUGGCUGUGUGUUCAGUGAUGGGCUUGCCAUGGUUCGUAGCGGCGACUGUGCUGUCUAUUUCCCACGUCAACAGUCUAAAACUGGAAUCAGAAAGCUCCGCCCCCGGAGAGCAGCCACGAUUCCUGGGGAUCAGAGAACAGAGACUAACUGGGCUGUUCAUUUUCCUGCUCAUGGGCUGCUCAGUGUUUAUGACUGGUGCUUUACAGUUCAUCCCUAUGCCAGUACUGUAUGGAGUGUUCCUUUAUAUGGGAGCGUCCUCUCUCAAAGGCAUUCAGUUCUUCGACCGCCUGAAGCUGUUCGGCAUGCCGGCAAAACAUCAGCCAGAUUUCAUCUACCUCCGGCAUGUUCCUCUGAGGAAAGUUCACCUGUUUACUAUCACACAGCUCACCUGUCUCGUACUGCUGUGGGUCAUCAAGACAUCCCCUGCGGCCAUUGUAUUCCCCAUGAUGGUGCUGGCGCUGGUUUUUAUCCGUAAACUUCUGGAUUUCUGCUUCAGCAAACGGGAGCUGAGUUACCUCGACGACCUCAUGCCUGAGAGCAAAAAGAAGAAACUCGAUGAUGCGUCUAAAAAAAAGGCAGAGGAGCAGGAGUCACAGGAAAUGUUGGUUGAUAAUUCAGACGGGGGAGAGGAUAAACACACGGUGCAUAUCCCCAUGAAGAGCAACAAGCUACUGCAAUCUCUUAAAACGCCAGACCCCAGGACUGACCCCUCUGACAUCAACAUCUCAGACGAAAUGUCUAAAACGACAGUCUGGAAAUCUCUUAGCUCCAAUCCAUAACGUGUACACCGUACAGCCAGGCUCAAAAAGUAUUGCCGCUGAGGAUCCACACAGGACCUGCGAGUUUGUUACCACUAUAAUUUUCUCAUAUACAAACGCACAGGAUACACACAUCAUUACCAUGAAUUUUCCUAAUAGCCAUGAGGUUCGAGUUUGUAUACAGUGUGUGUGUGUGUAUGUGUGUAUAUGUCUUCACCCCGAAACCAGGCUCCCUGUUCCAUGUUAGCACUUUAACACUGUCUAUAUUUUUAAAUGUAAGCCAUUACUGCUAUAUUUGUGCAUUGUGGUGCGUUGAUGAAAAUAUAAAUAACCUCAGUAAUUAGAUUAACAAGAUGUGAGAAGUCGAGUGAGUAAUAGAUUUAUUUUUGUGUCCAAACAUGACUCAGACACAGAAUUUAAAGUAAUUAAAGGGAUAUUCCAGUGUUUUUCGGGGACUAUUGGACAUUUAGUUUGUUCUUGUUCAUGAGAUCCACUUCGACCAAUAUUAAUUAUUGUGUUUUUAAAUUCACCAUGUUGGUGUUAUUGUCCCUUCUUCUUGCCUGCUCUGUGCACAUACCAUUGCCACCUCCUUGGCUGGAGUUUUAAAACUUAAGUACAAUUAAUUAAUUUCAGAACACUUGGCUUACACCUCCAGGGUUGGGGGUUUGAAUCUCGCCCCUGGUCUGUGUGCGUGGAGUUUGUAUGGUCUCCAUGUGGUUCCUUAGGGCAAUCCCCUUUCCUCCAACAGUUAAAAGGUAUGUGCAGUCUAGAGCCUGUAUGGAUUGCUUAGUUGUACAUAGGACUGUCGCCUGACUCUUGGUAAGUAUAGAUAAUGGAUGGAAGAACAUUUACAUGUGGACACGGUGUGGGCUAGAAGUCCAAGUGUAGAUGUUAAACUUCAAUAACAACAAACUCUUCCCAUUUAACUAUAACUAGAUGAAAAUGUAAAUACCUGGAUUACAGCUGCCCCUAGUCUCAGGACAGGCGAAUAUGUCUGAUUAAGAAUAAAUAUAUACACUGCUCAACACUUAUUCCCGGUUUGACUUGAAACAUACACACAUACAAAGGGCGUUCUAGUUAUUACAUCGUAUAACACUGGACUGUUCCUUUAAUUAAAAUAAAUUAAUACUUUUUGUGCGCUAAAUAAAGACCCUGAAUGAAUGCUUUGUGAUGGACAGCAAUGAAAAAUAAGCAAUAAAAGACAAUAAAUGAUCUAAACCGGAAUUGCUUAACCAAUUAUGAGACUAAGAAUCAACAUUACAGAUAAAAUUUAGACAAGAACGCAGGAAUUGAGUGAAAUAAGGGUUGCCAGGUCUAUCUAAUUACUGUUUUUUUUACUAUGUUUGUAAUCUAGUUAUAGAAUAACACACUUAUUAUGUUUAUCUAUUAUGGUGUUAGGGAUUGGGUGAAAAUGUUACAGAUCCCUCCAUGUAUUUUAUAUAUUUCUUAUACUUUUAGAUUUUGGUAACCCUCAUUCCAGGUGGAUGGAUGAGCUUUCUUGGAAUAAAGGAAAAGUCCACUUUGAAUCACAUGUUUAUAUUUCAAGAUUUUAAUGAUUCCGUUUGAGUUACAAUGAGGUUUAAUAAAAUAAAAUAAAAUAUUGAUAUGUGGGUCAGUUUUGGUAGUUAGGUCCUAUAAACAAAGAAGAAGAUCAUCUUUCUAAUCUGAUGUGCAGUAGAUGAAAGUAGAAAAGUAGUCUAAAAAAGUCCCAGAAUGCAAAGCAGGUACUGUAAAGACACGGAUUGACAAUGUUCUAUCUAUUGUAGAAUAAAUGUUCAGUCUCUGGAAGCUGAUCUGUUUGAGCAGAACUUACAGAGAAUGAGAAAGGAAAGAAUAAAGCGCCGCUGCAUCUGCGAGGUAUAAACUAUCAGUAGGAAACAGGGAUAAUGUGGGAAAUGUAGGAUCACCAGAUAAGAAAAGAAAAAAGUGUUAUUUAGGAUCAUGUGUUUAUUCUAAAAUAUUGAUAUGCAAGUCUUUCAGAGUGGAGUUUUUUCUUUAAAUGCAGUGGUACAGGUGUCUUUUGUCCUCCAUCUGGACACCUCUUAAAUCACGUUAUGUACUAAUUUGUUUAAGAUAGACAGAAAGCCUCCUCAGGGUAAAGAAACCAGACUAUUUACUUUGAAGCCACACAGGUCAAAUUUUAAAGCCAUUAAAGGAAUACUCCAGCAUUAAAUAGAAAUCUACUGACUUUUAUUAGAAGCUUUCAUAUAGAAAUUUAUCUCUACACAUGCUGAAAGAGUAACAACAAUGCUGGA